AUGCCCAGCUGCUGGGGCGAUUCUGGUUGGUGGUUGGCUUGCAGAAGGUUACUCGCUGUCCCGGCUCGCUACCAACCGCCACGCCUACAGCAUGGACAUUGGACAAUGCGAAUGGACCGACCAGGAAUUGGCCAGCAGUCGGAAGACCGAUCCGGCGGUCCGCGUGCUGUGGGAAAUGGCGACGUCCUGACUCCCGGCGGACGCAGAGCAGAGGCUCGUGGGGGCGGCGGCGGCGAGGAGCACCGUACGGACAGACGUACAGCACAGCACAGCACAGCACAGCAAAAGCGAGAAGUCGUCGGCAAGCUAGAACUGGUGACCAGGCGGCGGGCAUGA